CCUUCUUCCAUUCUUCCCCACACUCUCGUUGUAUUAAGAAAGAGGUGGAGCCUGAUAGUCAUAUCCUGUUGCACCUCACUACACGCCAGCUGUGGCUUGACAGUGCUGAGGAUUAACUCGCACCUCCCUCACCGGCCUUCAGCAACGCCAACCUCACCUCAAGCAGGCGUAACAAAUAGCAGUCGAUUAGUGUGCCCUUCCCCUAGAGUCUGGGUACAUCGACACGGUCGCAACUACCACAUUAUGGGCAGGAUGGCGCCCAUUCUCACGCCACGGAUGCUUAAUGGCGGGAGAAGCAACACGGAUGCUCUCGGAAUCACAUACGUCGUCAUCGCUAUAAUAUACACACUUAUAUUGGCAUUCGAGCUCACACUACUGUACCGCAGACGGGAUGCGUUUUGCGUACAUAUCAGGAACAUCAAGAUCGUCUUCGCUGCGGUGUCGAUGCUCCACGUUUACCUCACUCUCGUCUUGCUGGCGUAUCCGUGGAAUGGCCUGUACCCAUGCUCAGCAGAGUUUUGGGUCAUGUCAGUCUUUCUGCCAUUAGGUAUGGCUUUUUUCCAAGCCUGCAAUGCCAGGGUCCUCACAGCAUACGAGAGCCAACGACGUAUGACGCGCAACUUCCUGGAAGGUGCUCGUAAGGAGCGUAUGUCAUUUACACCUGCAGGGCUGUGUAGGGCGUGGAUGCAUCUUGAUGCAGCGUCUAAGAUCUAUGUGCUCACGCUUAUGGGCCUCAUAAUCUCGUUCGUACCGGCUCUUGUCCUUUACUUCGGCUCGCGUCGCUUCCAUGCCUCUUACGGCUUCUUUGGUACCGUGGCUGGAUUCGUGGAGUGCCGCAAAGGAUUCGAAUGGAUACCUUCAAUCUUUGUGCAGCUUUUCUGGACAGCAAUGGUCGGUCCCUGGAUCCUGUGGAAAGUCCGUCACGUCCAGGAUGUUCACUCGUGGGCGUGGCAGACUAGACUGGCCAUCAUCGCUGGCCUACCUGGCACUCCGUUGUGGAUUGCGUUUACGUAUUCGAACAUACCCGAGGUCAUUCGCAUCAGGAAGUACUUCGCGCCGGCGGGGUGGUUCAUUCCGUCCCUGAUCAUUUGCCAACAGGUUCUGAUCCUCAUCCCGCUCGCUGGUGCCUUCAAAUCGAAGCCGCGUCAACGACGUAUGUCACAAGCGACAGAGACUGCGUCACUCACGUCGACCGUCUCCGACUCUUCAGAAAAGUCCGUUCAAGAGCUGUUCCGCGACCUGAAACCCAAGGCUUCUAUGCAAGCCCUCGAGCUCAGCAUCGAACAAAAUAUCGAGCCCCUCAUUGUCUGGGCCGCAACCAGGGAAUUCACCGCGGAGAACGCCAUCUUCCUUCGCGAAGUCCGCAACUGGCGCAAGAAGUGGUCCUCUCUCAAAGUCGUCUCGACCUCGCAACGCCGUCAGAUGUACAACGAAGCCUCCCUUAUCUACUUUACCCUGAUUAACCCUUUCACCGCCGAAACACCCAUCAACAUCGAAUACAAGAUCUUCAAAGUCCUACAGAACCUGUUCGCCGGCAUGGAGUACGACCCCUACAUGCCUCGCAGCCAAACACCAGACGAUGUCAAAUCACCCGUCGUCCGCGAGAAUGUCAUCUGCCCCUGGGAGGAGACCUUGAGCCGCCCUGCUAGUAUCAAAUCCGACAUCACCUCGUCCUCCACGUCAUCAACAUCGAGCAUCAUCCCUAGCGAGUUCACAGAAGACGUUUUCGACGCCGCGUACGAAAGCAUCAAGUACCUCAUCUUCACCAACACUUGGCCACGCUAUGUCGACGCCGAGAUGUGUAGUAAGGCAUCGUCGCCUUAGAGAUCCCCAUGACACAACGGAAUGGAGCAGUAUCAGUAACAUGAGCCAAUGUCACAUUCUUAGCUGAGCAUGGACACUCGACGGCCG